CUUCACCGUCUCAACCCUUGAACCCUUCGCAAAUAAUGCGCGCCAUCAGCGUUCAGUGCCAGAGACAAAAACGGCAUCUCUUUCAGCCCCCCCAACAUCGACCAGAUAUUCGGCGCGGGAACGACAUGUUCAGAGAUGAGCCUUAAGACCUCUUCGUUCAUCUGACCAGUCUUGGGCCGGCGCCAUCUGGCCUGCGAUCGGAGGGAGUUGUGGCCUGGCAACUCUGCAACGACUGCCUUGGCUAGCGCCGCAGCGAGCAUCGCCCAAUCCAUCGCCUCCGUUUCGCUCCCUUCGGCACGGCCCAGUCGCGCAACCCCAAGCUCAUCGCCACUCCGACCGCAUCCGCAUCUGCAUCCGAACCCGCGCCGGCGUCCGCCAUGGCCGACGAGGACUACUCGACCGGCGGGGGGUCCUCCGGGAGGGGCUCCGGUCCUGGCAAGCACCGUGGACCUCGCUUCACCUGGAAUCCGCAGUUCGAGGCCACCUUCUUCCGCUCCCUCUGCGAGUCCGUCUCGCUCGGCCUGCGCGACGGCAGCACCUUCAAGCCCGAGGCCUGGGACCGCGCCAUGCAGGCCCUCGCCGAGAAGCACAACGCCUACGCCAAUAAAGGCCAUCUUAUCAACAAAACCGACAACGCCCGCAAGAAGUACCGCCUGUGGCGCGGCCUGCGAGAGGAUCCUGAUUUCUACUACAACCCCCAGACACGCACCGUCACCGCCACCGACGACGCAUGGGCGAGGCAUCUCCAGAAAGAGCCGCUCGCUCGUUCCCUUCGAGCCCGCCCCUUCGAGCACGAGGAAUACUACGAGAUACUGUUUCCCGAUGUUAUUGGGUCCGGCGGGGCCCCGAAACGACUGACGAAGCCGCGUCGGAAGACGACAGAUACGCUGAGUGGAACAGAAGAGCCUGAGGCGCCGGGCGCCGCCAUCAUGGAUCUGCUUACAGAUACUGCUUACCUCAAUCCGAACCAGACGCACAUGCCCCCGCCGAUGCCACCAGCCAUGCCCAACCCCAUGCCCGCCCCCCCUCCCCAGCCGCAGCAACUCCGUGGCCCAACGAACACAAUGCCGCCACCACCGCCCCGAACCUCCGUGUCCUCCGCCUCGGCACUGACGCCGCCCGAAGAGACGGCGCUACAUACCCGCAAGCGCCUACAGGCACCGGACAGCACCUCGGCGUCCAAUCCAUCCCAGCCCCCAGACAAACGCCGCCGCACCGCCGCCCCAGGCUACCUCGACCUGACCCAGCCACAACAUCACCAGCAACAACAGCCGCAACAACAAACCACCAUCAACCACGUUCCAGCAGUCCCCUCCAACGCAUCACCAAACGCCACAACAACAGCGACAACAACAACAAACGCAGGUUCAACACUGACCGAGACGCUUCACCUCCUGUCUGAAGUGUUGAGGCCGACGCGAGGUUCCAAGCCGGUCCCCGGCUGGCAGGAACAGGCCAUGGACAUCUUCUUCCGUGACUUUGUCGCCGAGGACAUGGACCUGCAGCUCAAGAUCGCCGAGAAAGUGUUGACGGACGAGAACAAGGCCAUGGUGUUUUGCAAGAUGCCUGAUACAUUGAGGCGGCACUGGGUCAAGAGGCUGAGGGAGGUUCAUAAUCGAAUCGCUUGA